AUGGGAAUUAUUAAAGAUAUUAAGGAUAAAACAUAAUCAAUUGGAAUCUGUAUUUGGGAUUUAAAGACAUCAUAAUUUCUAGAUAAAGAAUGCUCUGAUAUCAUAUCUACAACUCAUUAAGAAUGUUAAUCAAGACUAUCCUAUUGUACAACAAAUGGCUAUAAAUGUAUUCUCAAAGAAUCAUGUUCAUCUUAUUUUUCAUAGGAAAUUUGUGAAAAUGCAGAAGGAAUUGAAGGUAAGUGUUUUUGGGAAAUUAGAUUAGACAAAUCAUUUGAAUUAUGUAGAAAAAUGACUUGUUAAGAUAUACCUAAUGGACAUAUAUAUUCAUCAUGUAAAUAAAUAGAAAAUUGUAUUUCAAAUGGUAUAUAAUGUAUAAAUAAGGCUAAAUGUUCAGAUUAUAAUAUUAAUUAAACUUGUUAUUAUGAAGGAUUAGAUGGAAUUUGUGUAUGGAUUGAGAAUGAAUCAUAAAAUAAUAAAUUAAAAUAAUGUAAAUUGAUGGAGAGUUGCGAAUCUGCAAAAACUGAUAUAAAUGCAUGUAAAUUAUUUAAAGAUAAAUGUUAUUGGAAUUCAGAUAAAUUCUUAUGUUAAACUCAUACAUGUUAAACUUAUUCUACUUAAGUAGGAAGUUGUAGGAACUUUAAUACAUGGGAUAAUAAACACAUUCAUUUAUGUCACUAUCAUGAAUAAUAAUGUGUUACAAUUAAUAUUAACACUCUUAAAUAAGUAGAUUGUUAUAUAAAGACAGCUAAGCUUCAUCGAUGGGAUCCAAAUAAAAGUUUAUGUGCUUCAUGUGAAAAAUCUGUUAGAUUAAUAACUGAAUUUAGUAAUAUUCUUGGAAUAUUAAUAAUAUUAUUGUUUUUGAGCUAUUGA